UACCCUGGCAACCCACUCAAGUGCUAUGUCGGAUUCCAAAGCUCAUACAACGGAGGUUUAAGUGUUGGGUCAGAGGUAUAUUGCAAUGGAAUGUGCGGAGCACUCGCAACACGAGUCAAUGGAAACAAUGUCACCACCUAUACCUGCGCACCUCGUCAAGUCUGCCGGCAAUUGGAGCUUUACGAUGAAUGGAAGCCUCUACCACUGGAUCGUGAAGUUCGGGCUUUGUGUUGUGACAACUUCAACAACUGCAACGUUCGCGACCCCACAAUCAAUACCACUACCCCAGUGCGACGUCAGCCUGAAUUCCCAAUCACCUGCUAUAGCGGAAUUCAAGUGAAUGGCAACUGGGUCUCCAAUGCUGGAUGGCAAGCGUGUAAUGGCGACUGUGCUUCGAUGAACAUCAACACCACAUCGAAUGGACAAACGCAUAGGCUUAGCUUGUACGCUUGCGACCCAACUGCUGUUUGCCAAGGACUGAACAUGACUAAUACCUGCGCAACACUGGAACCUGGAGUAGAUGGAUGCUGCUGCAACACCAACGGAUGCAUUGACCCCUCGAAAAAUCCUGCAAAGGUAAUUUCUGCCUUCCGACAGUAA